AUGCUCGUGGUUGUCAUGCCCACGAACAUUUACAUCGGUGUCAUGGGCAACGCGUACAAUCACAACCACGGGAAAGCCCUGGAGCUGUUCGUGCGCGCCCGCGCAUCCAUCUGCCUCGACAUCUCUUUGCAAUACGGCGGCGCAUGGCUGGCAGUGUGCCGUGACAGGAACGGGCCACCUCUCCAGGGAUGCCUCCGUAACAAGGGCCUGCGUGUUUCUGUUCCGUAUUUGGAGGGUGAGGGCGACCUUUUUCACGACGAGGGGCGACGAGGAACGGCCUCGGCGUUUCUUGACGAGCACGCGUGGUUCUGCUGCGCCGGUUCGAACUACAAUCUGGGUAUGAGGGCGGAAGACACUGGAACCACGUCGGUGCACCAGAUGCGCGAGCUGCAAAAGGCGGUGGGGAGGGCGCAGGAGAUGCCGCAGCAGUUGCGGCACCUGCCCGAGCAGGUCCUCGGCCUCCUGCAGGAGGGCGACGUCGUGCGCUCCAGCCGGGCGGUGCCGGGGGCCGCAGCGGAGGGGCGCGUGUGGGUAGAGCUGGCGGCGGAGGAGGUCUGGGCCAGGGGCUGGAAGCCGCGGGGCACUCCGGCCGACGGAGACGCGGCCUUGGCAGGCUUCGUGCUGACGGAGAGCGACUCCGACUGCUAUCUCAGGUAUGUCCCAGAGGACGAGUGGGACGAGCACCCGUGGCCGUAUGCCGAGUCCAUGGAGCGGGCCGAGGAGAUGGGCGUGCCCUUUGAGCUCGACCCCCGGGGCUGCGGCCUGCGCCCGCGCCCGCUGCGCGCGCUGCCGCCACGCCUCAGCUGCUGGAGCGAGCCGGGGCUGCCGGCGGCCAGCUGGCGCGCCUCCGAGCCGCUGCUGCACCCCCCGCCUGCGGCCGUGGCGGCGGACGCGCGGCGCAGGCGCGAGGCGGACUGCAUGUCCGACGUGCGCAGCCUGCUGAAGCUGGCGCGCUUAGGCAGCUCGGCCACAGGCGCGGGCCCCGUGGCCCAGGGCCUACCCCGGCUGCUCGUCUCGGCGCUCCUCCUGGCGGGCACCACGCUGUCCUCCCUGCGCAGCUUCCUGAGGUACCACUUCCACGUCGGUUUCGAGGGCAUAGUUCUUUUCUUAGAGCACAGCUGGACCCCGCCGCAGGAGGCGCACGCCAUCAACGGCGUGGCGCGGGCCUGCGCCCGGGCGGCUGGCUUGGAGGCGAGCGCCGUGAGGGUGGUCUCGCUGGACGAGCGUUGGUGGGAGGAGGCCGCGGGCAGCCGGGCCGCGUCGCCGCGGCGCUGGGAGGCGGCGCGGGGGGCGCGGCGGCACGGCGACGCCGGGCCCCUGCAGGAGCUGCUCGCCGCCGAUGCGCUGCGCCACGCCGGCAGCCUCGGCUUCGACUGGCUCGUUCACGCCGGCACGUGCGAGGAGGCCUUGCUCGUGCCGAGCAGCCGCGACGUACGUGGCUUCUUUAGCUCGUUGCCGGACGGGGUCGACCACGUCCACUUCCACGCCCUGGAGGCCGUGCCUGGGUGCCAGUCGGGGGACUGCUUCAUGGAUACCGGGCUCUUCAGAGUGCCUCACCAGUUCUUCACCGAAGACGGGCGCAGCGGUGGCCCCGUUUCGCUCGGCGCUUACGCGGGCCAGGAGGCCGUCGUCGAGGCCGACGACUGUCCAGAGUUGCGGGAAAUGCAGGCCCAGAUUUUGGCUGCGCGCGAGGCGUUUAUCCGCAGGUCUUGCCAGGGGGAGCAGGACCCCGGCGUCGGCGUCAGGCCAGCUGGCUGGCCCCCCGGCGGUGGGCUGGGGCGCUCCGCCUGCCGCGCGAGCCGCGGGGGCGCGCCGCUGCCGCUGCCCGGGCGCGGGGCGCACUGCUUCGUCGCCGCCGAGGACGGGCCGCCGCUCACCACCCUCGUGUGCUCGGGCGCCGCGUCGCCGGUGAUGUUGCACUUCGGGGCCUGCAAUCUCGAGGCAUGGAGGCGCGGCGUUCCGGCUGCGGCGGUGCCCGCCACGUCCCCCCGGGCGGGUGCCGCGGAGGCCCAGAGGGACGCCGACGCGGGCGCCAGGUCGCUGCACAGGGCGCUCGCCACGGGCUCCGCCGUGGGCGAGCUGCCCUUCCUCGCGGCCCACGGCGCCCUGGCGCGCGUGAGCACCGUCCAGGAGGUGCUGCAGUUCCUCGACCUCCGCGCGGCGGCCGCCCACCCGCCUCCCGCCCAGCAGGCCGCCCCCGGGCGGCCUGCCCGCCUGCCCGCGGGC